UUUUCUUUAGGUGACGAUGCAUCCGAAAGACGUGACCAGGGCUCGACCCUCAAACCUCUGCAUCACUUUGUAAUUUCCCCACAGCUUGGAUUACAGGCGCACGCCACAAUGCUUUAGCCGCACGUUUAGUAAUCCGUUAAUCCAAAGUGCGACUUUCCAAUCUUUUAUUCCAUUGGAGGCAAUACACAAUAAAAGCCUACUUUUAUUCUGCCUGCAUGACUGAACCUGUAGAAACGUUUUAUGAAGAAACUUAGCCAACUCUCGACCGGCACAUUCAAAGUCAACUUUGCUGUAAACAUACAUGUAUACUUGCAACUAGCGUAUAUGAACUGAUACACAUUCAAGGAACGGAGUGUUGAGCUGUAACUGCAUUGAAGAAUAAAUCGAUUUCAGCAGUCGAAAUAAAAUAAUAAAAUGAACUGCAUAAAGACAUCUGACCAACUUCUGGAGUACAUCCAGCGAAGCAACGUAAAAACCGUAAGAUUUGAAUUCUCAGAUAUCAAUGGGAUCACAAGGUGCAAGCUUAUAUCAACUCACAACCUUAAAGACUUUGCGGUCUAUCUGGAUAAGGGAGUUCAGUUCCCAUCACUAUGGCUCUGUGAAGACACCGAGGGAAAGAUAUAUGAUUGUGCACUCACACAAAAGUAUAGAUUUACUGAUGUCUCUGGCUUGCCUUCUCUUAACACAUUCACUCUUGUUCCUUGGAACCAGGGCCUAGCUCGAAUCACAACUGUCAUCAACGACCUUCAUGGGAAAGCUCCCCUGUUGGAACACCCAAGAAACAUAGCGACCCAGCAGCUGGAGCAUCUCAAGGACUUGGGAUACUCUUUGCUUAGUGGGUAUGAAGCGGAAUUUCGUAUACAUGAAGUGAAGAGUGGAGAACCUUUGUUGAAUCAAGUCAUUAGUGGAAACGUGCUUCGCCUUCUAAUGGCCAACGAUUACAUUAAGGAUUUGAUGGAAUAUUUGCCACAGGUUGGGGUGGAUGUUGACACAGUUCACUCUGAAUCUGAUGUAGGGUCACUCGAGGUUACAUGCAAACCUUCCUUUGGAAUAACUUCUGCUGAUAAAGUAGUCAUGUGUAAAAAUGCAUGCAAGGAGAUUGCUCUUAACCAUGGCUACAUUGCAUCCUUUAUACCAAGUGUAAACGAGUCGUCGGAAGUUUGCAGUCUUCAUUUCAAUCAUUCUCUUUGGGAUAGUAAAACUGGCAAUGUUUGUCAUGACAAGACAACAGGUGCUCUCACGAACAUUGCAAAGCAUUGGAUAGCUGGUUUGCUUGCCCAUGCAAGAGCGCUUACUACUCUCAUGGCUCCCUCCGUCAAUGGCAUCAAAUCUUUUGGUGCCUAUCAACCAACUUCAAGCUUUGAACCCUCGUUCGUAACCUGGGGCAAACACAACCGUUCCGUAACCUUUCGUGUUAAAGAAAGUGGGUCGCAGGAUUCUUACAUUGAAAACAGGAUCCCAAGAAGUGAUGCUGACCCCUAUGUCAUAUUAGCGGGUACCGUAGCAGCAGGAAUGGAUGGUGUCAUCAACAAGUUAUCACUACCACCUGAGAGCACUGGAGACGCCAGCAAAGAAAGCAACAUCCCACCGCUGACACCAAAACUCCCGUGUGAUAUGGAAGACGGGAUCAGUGCAUUGUUGGAAGAUAAAGUCUUACGGAGAGCUCUUGGCGAAGACUUUAUUGACCUCUUUGUUGCUGCCAGAAGAAAUGAAAUUAAGAGAUAUAAUGGACCGACGACGAGUAAGCCUGAACAAGAUAAAUACAAAGGGUUUUUUGAUGUCAUGUAAUAAUAAAAUAAGAGGUUGAUUAUUCUUAUGAUCACUCUAGGUAUUUGCCGGAGACCAUGUGUUUUUCAGUCUUCCAUUACUCCUAUUUUUCUUUUGCGCAAUAACUAAAGAACCAUUCGACGGAUCAACUAAGUAAGCAACUGUGAAAAUUAUGUUCUCGUGUCAUAUGACAUUUAGUUUGACCAAUAUAGACAGGUCAUCGAACCGAUACCUUAAAAAGUAAUAAAACAACCCAAACAAUACUAGUCGAGAAAAGAAAACUAAGAGAUAUUUCAAGUAACCUUGAAGCAUCAGAGGAACUUCAAAUGAGAAUAUACAACAUGGUCAAACUAAAUGGCAAGUAUUCUAAUAUUACUUUUUUCAUCUUUGAAUCUAUACUCUGUAAAAUAUUCAAUAUUCUUGUUGUUCUUUAGGUAAUAUUAUAUUUUUCUCAAUUGAUAUUUGGGUUUCAAAUCUAUCAUUGUAUCAUAUACAGAUAUAUAUAU